CAAAUAAACAAAAAUCUAUAAUGUUGUUCUUGUUGUUUAUUACUAUUGUUAUUAUUUUAAAUAAAAUACAGGCGCUUUUUUUUAAGAUCGAGAAAGAGGACUGCGUAGUUUUGUUUGAGAAUUAAAAAAAUGGUAUAUAUUUAUUUAAAUUUAUUUAAAAAUUCAUGUUUAAUUCAUCACUGAAGAAUAAUCCUUCUUUGAUUAGUGUUGCAUGUUGGUAUAUACAAAAAAGAAGGGGACUGCUUAUUCCCAUAACCAGGGCUCCCUGGUGCAUGCAGACAGGAGCCCCUCAUGGGUGCUAUUUUACUUUCAAAAGCUCUCUCUAUUGGUCAGCUCCUGAUCAGAUGGUCGAGUUUCCUUCUGUCCCGUACUGGCACCUCGCCACCCCCCCUUCAGCUAAAAACACAAUCUCCGAUAAAGUGCUAAUAGCUAAACCACUUGGACUAUAAAACUCAACAAAUCAUAAAGCGACCAAAAGAAACUCGUCGUAUAGGCUCCAGAUGAAUUCCUAUUUCGUAAACUCCACUUUCCCGGUGACUCUUCCCGGAGCACAGGACUCAUUUCUGGGCCAGAUACCGUUAUAUUCAUCUGGAUACACGGAUCCUUUAAGACACUACCCCGGCGCUGCUUAUGGAGCUGCCAGCAGCGUCCAAGACAAGACGUACCCUUACUACCAGCAGGCUAGCGGUGCCUACAGCCGGACAGCCCCCUCCGCCGCUUGCGACUACGGUGCAGCUGGUUUUUACAGAGAAAAGGACCCGUCUUGCGCGAUCUCCGGUUUGGAAGAACAUUCUCUGAUUCUGAAUCCAGAACAACGGAAGUCGGAUUGCGCAGCGCAGAAUAAAAACAUAUUUGGGGAGAGUGAAGACCAAAAAGCUACUACCGUCUAUCCAUGGAUGCAAAGGAUGAAUUCUUGCAAUGGUCCGGGCUUUGGGGCAACUGGCCGGAGAGGUCGCCAAACUUAUACCCGGUACCAGACUCUGGAGCUGGAGAAGGAGUUCCAUUUUAAUCGAUACCUCACCAGACGACGCCGGAUCGAGAUCGCCCACGCACUGUGCCUCACAGAACGACAGAUUAAGAUCUGGUUUCAGAACCGGCGAAUGAAAUGGAAAAAAGAAAACAAACUGAUGAACUCUUCCCAAACGAGCGGAGAAGAGGAGGAAAAAGAAAAGAGGACAGAUUAAACAUAUAUAUAUAAAAAAAAAAAUCCCAACACUGUUUUUAUCACUAAAGACUUUUAUCAUUUGGUUUUGUAUACCCCUUUGACUGUUCAGCAUUUGCACGGGUGAGGUUUGUGCUUUAGUAAAAGUCUUGUACCAUUACAGGUGUCCUAUACCAGUAACUUCUGUUAUUGUUUUGUAUAUUUUAAUUGCAUUAUAUAUAUAUAUAUAUAUAUAU